UCACAUGAGUUGCCAUCCCCGAAUUGCUGAUUGCUUUUUAACAAAAAAUUGUUAAGCAAAAAAAAAAACAACGUUUAGAGCUUUAAGAAAGCCAAACAAACAAAGGCAAAUCAGUUAUUAUUACCUCCAUUAGCUACAAUGGAUCCAUCAUUGAGUCUGGCCGAUAAAUUGGCAUCAAAAACAGCCAGCAGCAACUCUCUGGACAGCAGCUCCAAGUCCAGUUCAGGCGGAGGCAUUGAGAAUGGUGUUCUGCGAGACACGCCCUUUGCCUACCUGGACGGUGAAGAGGAUCAGGACCAGAAGAACGAUGUGACCUAUGUUUGUCCAUAUCGUGGACCUGUCUUUGGAGCUCUGACUAUAACCAAUUAUCGUUUGUAUUUUCGUUCGUUGCCAUUGCGAGAUCAGGAGCUUCCGGUUGUCGUCGAUGUGCCACUGGGAGUCAUAGCCAGGGUAGAGAAGAUCGGAGGAGCUACAUCGCGAGGCGAAAACUCUUACGGCAUCGAGAUUUUCUGCAAGGACAUGCGAAAUUUACGCUUUGCCCACAAACAACAGAAUCACUCCCGUCGCACAGUCUUCGAGAAGUUGCAAGCGAAUGCUUUUCCUUUGUCCUACAGUGGGCGAUUGUUUGCAUUUGCUCAUGCGGCGGCUAGGGCCACUGGGGCAGCUGGAGCCACGGCCGCCGGCGGCUGGGAUGGAUGGGCAGUAUAUGAACCGCUAGCUGAAUUGCGUCGCCUUGGUGUACCCAACGACAUGUGGAGGGCAACGAAACUAAACGAGUCCUACGGCAUUUGCGAUAGCUAUCCGGCUGUGUGGGCCGUGCCAAAGGCGGCCUCUGAUGAUUUUCUACGAAGGGUAGCUCAAUUUCGUUCGCGUUGCCGUUUGCCUGUUUUGUCCUGGAUGAAUCCUCGCACACAGGCCACCAUUACUCGAUGUUCACAACCCUUGGUGGGUGUCAGUGGCAAGCGGAAUGCCGAUGAUGAGACCUAUCUGAGUUACAUUAUGGAGGCAAAUGCUCAAUCCGAUAAACUAACCAUUAUGGAUGCGCGACCCAGUGCCAAUGCCAUAGCCAACAAAGCCAAAGGCGGCGGCUAUGAGUCUGAGGAUGCCUAUAAGAAUGUGGAAAUCAAUUUUCUCGAUAUUCAUAAUAUUCAUGUAAUGCGUGAGAGUCUGAGAAAGGUGAAGGAAGCCUGUUAUCCCACCACCGAUGAUUCGAAAUGGCAAACGGCCAUUGAUAGCACCUUGUGGCUAAAGCACAUCCGUUGCGUAUUGGCUGGUGCUGUGCGCAUUGUGGAUAAAGUGGAGACCAUGAGCACUUCAGUGGUGGUUCAUUGUUCUGAUGGCUGGGAUCGUACCGCUCAAUUGACAGCCCUUUCGAUGCUAUUGCUGGAUCCGCAUUAUCGUACAGUACGCGGUUUUGAAGUACUAAUUGAAAAGGAAUGGCUAUCCUUUGGCCACAAAUUCCAGCAACGCAUUGGACACGGUGAUAACAAACAUUCGGAUGCCGAUCGUUCGCCAGUCUUUCUGCAAUUCAUCGAUAGUGUGUGGCAAGUUAGCCAGCAAUUUAGUAAUGCUUUCGAAUUCAAUGAGCAUUUCCUUAUCACCAUUGUGGAUCAUUUGUAUUCGUGUAGAUUUGGCACUUUCCUUUGCAAUACCGAAGCGGAACGGGUGGCAGAAGAUCUCAAGCACAAAACUACUUCAUUGUGGACACACAUCAAUUCCUCGUUGGAUCAGUAUUUAAAUCCUUUGUUUCCCUCUUUUACGCAUGGUGCUGAAUUGGUUUUGCGUCCCAUUGCCAGUGUUCGUGCUGUUCGCUUGUGGAAGGGUCUCUAUUGCCGUUGGAAUCCUGGUCUGUGUGCCCUUCAACAUGGUUGCCAACGUACCAGGGAAUUGCUCUCGAAACAGGAUCAAUUAUUUAAACAUGUCAAUGAAUUGCGAUUGAAGUCAAAUAAUCGUAGCAAUAAUAUGCAAACAACGACGCGACUGGCUUCGCCCAUGCAUUAAGUAUUUUCUAUUAUCUAUCCUACAGUUCUAAUUAUAUAUUUAUGUAAUGUUUGUGUGUGUGUUUAUCUAUAUGAUAUGACCUAGGAAAGCUAUUCCAAAUGUAUUCGCAAUAAGUAAAGAAAAAAAAAACAACCAUUAA